UUACAAGAGGCACUGUGACUUCAAAGACAAUAUGCUGAAAUGGCCAAGAAUGUAAAUGAUAUGUUAUUGAGAAUUCAGAGAAAAGAGCGGCACAGCCUGCCAAAAAUCCACAAAUGGUUGUGGGAUAAAUGUGCUUGUUUCGUGCUAUAUGCGGCUAAGAGGAGGGGUUCUUUUCUCACCAGAAUGCUGAGCUCGAAGUGGAACAAGUGGGCCGGCUGGUCUGCCUACAGGAAAAGUCAAAAAGAAGAAGAGGGAGGGCCUUUUCCAGCCAUUCUACUCCUUCAGAUUAUAAGUCCCACACACACACACACACACACACACACACACACACACACACACACGACAGGCAGGGACACACAGAGACAAAGCCAGGAAGUGACAUCACCCACAUGAAUAGCAGCCAAAGAACAUUUUUCCUCUGUGUGUUGUGUGUGCCGAGCUGCUGCUGACUGAAGUUGGGAGACUCGGCGUCUGUUCAGCAGGACGACAGCAGAGCAAGAGGGACCCCCGAAUAACUGAUGUGUCCUCCGCAGACGAGGGCUCAACCCCGGCCUUCCCACGACUUUCACAUUCCAAACUCUCAGCUGCUGAAUGUCAGUCAGGGACAUCCCUUCACCUGAAAUCAAGAUUCCUGCAUGAUUUAUAUGAGGGACAUUGACUUCUGUGACCACAUUUCACCAGGAAGGCAGGUGACAAAAUCAAACAAAUUAUUCUCCUGGAGAGCCACCUCUGUCCUUUGGGGAAACCACUAAACCAAUGGCAUUGUGUCUGGGACAAGUGUUCAGCAAAGACAAAACGUUCAGGCCACGAAAACGAUUUGAACCUGGCACCCAACGCUUUGAACUAUACAAGAAAGCCCAGGCCUCGCUCAAAUCUGGCUUGGAUCUGAGGAAAGUGGUUCAGCUGCAAGGCGAGAAUAUCAGUGACUGGAUCGCUGUACAUGUGGUGGAUUUCUUUAACCGGAUCAAUCUUAUCUAUGGCACCAUGAGCGAGUUUUGUACUGAGCGCACAUGCCCCAUCAUGUCCGGGGGGCUGCGGUACGAGUACAGGUGGCAGGACGGCGAUGACUACAAGAAACCCACCAAGCUACCUGCUCUCAAGUACAUGAACCUGCUGAUGGACUGGAUAGAGUCUCUAAUCAACAAUGAAGACAUCUUCCCCCACCAGAGUAGGUGUGUGACGGGUGUCCCUUUCCCCAGAAAUUUCCAGCAAGUGUGCAAGAAGAUUUUGAGCCGCCUCUUCAGGGUGUUUGUGCACGUUUACAUCCAUCACUUUGACAGCAUCUGCAACAUGGGUGCAGAGGCCCACAUCAAUACCUGCUACAAACAUUACUACUACUUCAUCUCAGAGUUCAACCUCAUUGAACACUCUGAACUGGAGCCCCUGAAAGAGAUGACUGAGAAGAUAUGCACUUAAAUGGAACCACACAAAUUUGAGGACUUUACAUUUCAUUUUUUUUUUCAGAGCUGAGAAAUAAGUGACUUCAGAACACUCCAAGAACAAUGUUACCAAAGCUGUGAGGGUGGGUUCUCUCAUUCACCAUAUCUUCAGACAGUGAAUUAGUGAAUAGCUAGUGUUAUUCCUUGCCUAUUGUCCAUAAGUGUUAUUUUUAAUGGAAUUUGUCUGUUUUAUAUGUAAAGCAUGUUUUAAAUUCAUGUUUGACCUUUGAUAUUUUGAUAGACAGCAUUGAGUGGGUAUGUAAUGACAUUUUGAAUUAUUUGAUAUCUGGAAGAUAUUUCAACAUGUUUGAAGGACAUAAAAUACAAUGUACAAAUGCUGAAACUUAUUGUACAGGUUGCUGUAUAUUCAGAGCACUAAACUACAAA